CGUCGUUCGUGCGCUUCGUUCAUUUCUAUAAACACUGGCGAGAAGUUGAGGCUGCGCGGCACGAGCGCGAUGAUGCUUGAAUCCAUCGAAGUUACAGAACGGCUCCAUUGGCCGGAGAUGGAAAUGUCUAAGAGUUGUGUCCUAAGCCCCACGGAGAAGCCCGUGAGCCCCAGUCAGCUGCAUCUGGAGCGCAUGUCCUCUGGCGUUCUGAAGGACCUGUUUAACACGGCCACCAGCAGCUACAACACACUGCUGCAGAAAGAGUCAGACGAUCAGGACCCCAAACGCUCCUCCUACAAGUUCCCUACACGAGUCUCCACGGCAAGGCAUCGCGGCAGACCCCUGCCGACCCUUGCACCUCUAACGAUGAGCGGCCUGGCUUUCGGUUGCAGAGACAGCAGGCACGCUCAGUCGGUGUUCUCGUGUUUCUCCAGCAGCAGCUCCAAACAAACUAACAGCAUCACCAUGCUGGGCAGUGCCAUCCGGCUGUCCCCCUGCCCGAUCCCCAGGCCCAAAAACAGCUGCACGGCCGGCACCAAACUCCCGCAGCUGUCCAGAGUGCUUCCUGCUGCUCGCGACGUAGAGAACUCAAUCAAGAAGCUCUGCAUCCUCGCUGCCAUAAAGCCGUGUAAUGUAGAGAAAGAGAAGGCCAGGUUUUUCAAAGCAGACUUUAAAUACAAUCCUCAGUUUGAAUACAGCAACCCUCUACCUCCACAAGUACUAGCCAAGCACAGCGUCGCUUCAGACCGCUUCCUCACACAGGCUGUGCGGAUCAUGGAGUUGGCCUUGCAGAAAUACGGCUCCUAUGAGAGGUUUGAACAGGCUACUGGAGGAAACCUCCUCACCAAGAGCCGCAUCUGGUACCAUGUCAAAAAAUACAUGGAGAAGGAAGGAUGCAUGGGAGAGAUUGUGGUUAAUCUCACUGAUGACCUCCUGUCCAGAGCGUCUAUGACUGUGGUGAACGGCAGACCCACCCUCACCAUCAACAUCUCCACUGCCAGAGAGCAAUGGCUGGAGGGCAUGCUGAGGCAUGAAGUCGGUACGCACUACUUCCGCGGCAUCAACAACAGUCAGCAGCCGUGGGGCAGCAGCGGAGGCAGGAAGAAACACGGCCUGCGGCCCAUCAACCCCACCGAGGAGGGCCUGGCCAGCAUCCACAGCGUGCUCUUCCGCAAGGACCCCACUCUGUGGCGCGCCGCCCUGCUCUACUACACCGUCUACCAGGCCAGCCGCAUGUCCUUCUCACAGCUCUUUCACAACCUGGGCCGCUUCCUGCAUGACCCCAACACGCGAUGGGACUACUGCGUCAGAGCCAAACGGGGACAGACCGACACGGCGCUGCCAGGUUGUUUCAGUAAGGACCAGGUUUAUCUAGAUGGCAUCCUGAAGAUCCUCAGACACAGAGACAAGAUUGACUUCCAGCUGCUCAUGGCUCUGGGAAAGGUGUCGUACGAGGACGUGGAGCGCCUGAAGAGUCUGGCUCUGAUGGAGCACGUGCGGAUUCCUCACUUCCUCCAGGACCAGGCGCGUUACGUCGAGCAGCUCCAUAAAAUCAUGGAGGUCAACCAGCUAACCGACGAGGAGCUGUGCCUGCUUAUCUGAGCACGUGACCUCUGACCUCCAGCACCUGCCCAGGUCGUGCACUACCACUCGUAAACAUGCGUUCACGUCGCACUUCACUAAAACACUGAAGACGUAAAGACGAAAUUGCGUUUUGCAUUCAAAAUUAAGCCUAUUUUUAAAGGCAUUAAAUGUUUUUUAAUUAUUGUUCUGACCUUACGCCUCAUUUAGCGUGAGAUCUCAAUUUGAUUACUGUAAUGUGCUAAAUUAAUUGCAUUAGUCGUUAAUAAUUACCAAUCUUAUGAAACAUGAAAUCAAAUGGAUGAAUGGAUGAACAUAAUAGUUUAAAAGCAGGCAGACUUCAGCUCUAAACGCUUUCUUAUUUUCUAGAAUAGAGACUGAAGUCUGUACAGGGGCCUGUGGAGCUCUGUUUGUUUUCCUAAUUUUUUAGUCUCUUCUGAAGGUUCUCAGGACAUCUUCAAUCUCUUCCUAGAGGAUAUCGAGGGGCCAAACUACAGAUUGCCAAACCUUCAUAUGUACUACAAGUUCCUUUUUUUCCUGACUUUAUAUGACAUUUUGAUUUGUGUGUCUUAUGAACUGCUUUCAGAUAGUUUUCAUAUUCAUGGCGGCAUGCGUUUAACAAUAUAACUUGUGGAUGAUUGGAAUUUUAAGCAGCUGAUGAUUACAAAAGGAGUCAUUAUCUGGGUGCCAAAAUGUUAAUCUUUGUCUAAAAAGCGUCUUUCGUGGAAGCAGACGGUCUUAAACGUCAUAUACAGCGUAUGAAUCAUCUCUCACGACUGCUCUACCUUGAUUGUAUUGUUGAUGUGUAUGACCUUUGACCUUGCUCUGUUCCCGACAGAUCAAAAAGCACUUUAAAGUUGCCUAUAAAAUGAUUUCAUGGCCCAUGACAACUUCUCAAUGUGAUCUUAUUACUAAAUAAAAAUUUAAUAAAUGCACGCCUUGCUUUCAGACGAACCCUACUGAGAAGCGCUCAACUUUUAAUCUUCUACAAACUAACAGAAAUAACAAUAUAGUUUCAAACAGGCAGGCAGAACAAAAUCCACACGCAUUCAAGACCAACUAAAGUCGGACCAACUGAAUGCAAACACGCUGGACUUAAAUACACACAGGAAAUGACUAAAUUAACUAGACACAGGUGAACACGCUAAGAUAAUUAACAGAAAGUAGGUCACAGAGCACAUGGCACAAGACAAAAACAACAACAAAGGACUCCACGUGUUCAUUAUAAAGCAUGCUAAGAAUGUUCAAUUGAAAUCAGUUCAAAUAUUUUUCAGAUAUAGGUACAUUUUUGUUCAUAGAAAACAGCUUUAGUUAAUUCUCUCCAGGCUGAUGGCUCUAUCCAACCGUUUGGUGGAUUUUUGAAAAAUAAGGAUGUAUUUUUAGUCUUAUAGGAAGAAGAGAAUACCCGUCUUUUAGAGAAACACAGCGGAAAAGAUCAGGCCCGACAUAAUAAUCCUGACCAAAUAUUUCAGUCACAUUCUAGAUCAUUUUUCCCACAAUGUUACAUCUUUCCAAUGCAAUGUGUUACUGGGUAGAUAGCUAUUUUUUAUUUUAGAUAUAUAACAUGUAUUAGAUGAAAUUAUAACAUGUAUUAAAAGAAAUCAGAUAAAUCUAAAAUGAGAACUACUAUAGCUCUUGGGGUACUGAUCGAGGGGGACGUAGAGUGCACUGAAGCGUAGAAAUCUUUAAUUACAGGUGAUCCGAUCCAGACUUUAAAGAAUGCUCAUUGUUUACAGGUGAGCAAUGAUCAAUCCAUUCCCACAAUGCCCUCUCAAACACACGGUAAGUGAUCUGGAAAACUCUUUCCACGGCCCUCUGCUCUCGCAUGUCUUUGUAACCAGAUCACCUGCUGAUUGACACCUACAAGGACACAGGGUUCGAGUGUCUCACACACACACACACACACACACGCGCGUCAGGGCUCAUUAAUCUCUCUGAGAUCUUGGCUUUCACACUUCCUGCAAUCUGUGGGAUUAAUCAGGGAUUGCGGUGUCAUGGACAUUCAUGGUUUAUAUUUAUCUCAUAUUAUACUCAUAAUCGCGUAAUAAUGUAUAAAAUCAUCCUAUCAUAGUUGCAUUAGUAAUAACUAAUGUUGUCUAAAAAUGCAAAUGCAAUCAAAGGCAUUUGAGCAGAAUGGAGGAUGGGAUUCAGGUAUAUUAGUUGAUUAUGAAAUAGAAAUGAAGCCUUUUGCACAUUGUCAGUUAAAAAUGAUAGGAUUUAAAUACUACUUUAAUAAAUUACAUUUACUUUUCUAAUAUUAUUAAUUUACAUUUUUUGACAGCUGCUCUCUUAUUAAUAGUCCAUGUAGUUACAUAAUGCACAUUUAGGCAGUAAAGGUUAGUGGCCACUAGAGGACACACUGGACAGCUUUUCUGUCCUGCCUGAGAAAAAUAAUAUAAAACAAAUCCUUGUUUUAAAUGUCUUUAUAGGUGUGUAUUUGUGUGCAUUCAAUUUGACCUAACACGCACAUUUAAAUAUGUCCAGCACACUGUAAAUAAAACCAGGGCUUUGAUACGUGCACAAAAAUGUUUUUUUGAAAAGCUAAUAGAUGAUGUUUGGAAAGGUCUGUAACCCAAAGCAGAAGUGCUGUGUCUGAUCAGAGAAGUGCGUUUUACUCGCUAGUAUUUUUCACCAGAUCUCAGUGUAAAGUUCACUGAUCAUGUGUCAGAUCCUAACGCUGAACAAACAGGUGGAUGUUUGCUUGAUAAAUAGCGGAAGUAGGACAGAGCACUUGAUGAAACUGACCAAAACUGAAAUAACAGUGUAUAAAAAAUAUGAUUUUUUUUUUUAAUUGCAUGCAAUAAAAGUAUUUAAACUAAAAAUAAAAAUAAACCAGAAAAUACAAAAAUAAAAACUAUUUCAAAAUAUCAAGAUAAUCUGUAUCUCCGUAAUACUAAUAUAACACUUUUUUCUAAAAGUACACUUUUGCGCAAUUUCCUACCAAAAAUCUUGUCACGUUAUCAAAAAAAUCUUUUCUAAUGUGAUCAGUUUGAGCGAAUGCAGCACUUGAUGACGACCAGUAAUUAAUAAUAUUACAAUAAUAAUAUUAAAUAUCACAAAUCCACAAUAAGAUGCAAACGCAUUGACCUUGAUGCUUGUAAUCAGUGUUAGUCAAGAGCAUGUGAAAAUUAGCCACUAAGAGAGAAAGAAAAGAGAGCUCACACUCUGCGGGACAAUAAAAGAUGUAUGUUUUUAAAGUCAAUCUCUUCCGUCUGUAAGGACACAAUGUUAGUUUUAUAAGGAUCUAUUUUUAUUAGUGCUGUCAAAAGUUUAAUCAAAUCCAAAAUAAGUUUUUC